AAAGGUGUCUAACUUCAUAAUUUUUGGUCUCACUUCCAAUAUGGCGUCUUCGGCAGCGAGAUUGAAUAUUUUCAACAUCAUACAGCGAAGGAGGAAGGCACCUAAACCACGAGUUUUUCGAGAUCGGUCGAACCCUUUGGAGGACAUGGAUGAGGAGGAGGUUUUUUCUCGCUUUCGCUUUCGACCAGCGACCAUUCUAUUCCUUGUCGGCUUGUUAUUCAAUGACCUCAACCAUCCAACAGAGAGGAAUGUGGCGUUACCCCCCUUAUUACAGGUUCUUGCAGCUCUGAGGUUCCUUGCCACGGGUUCGUUUUACAUCCUUGUGGGAGAAUCCUUGGGCAUUGCCAAGUCAACGACUGGACGCGCUGUUCGGUAUGUGUGUCGCUUGUUGGCGGACAUGACCGGUACAUACAUUAGUUUCCCUGCAGAUACCUCAACUUUCAAGAAAAGAUUCUUCGAUAUAGCAGGAUUUCCAAAUGUUGUUGGUUGUGUUGAUGGAACGCAGAUUAAAAUCAAGGCACCCAGUGAGAAUGAAGGAGACUUCGUCAACAGAAAAGGUUUCCAUUCUCUAAAUGUUCAGAUGAUAUGUGGACCAAAGUUCCUAAUAACCAAUGUUGUAGCCAAAUGGCCAGGGUCUGUUCAUGACUCUAGAAUCUUUAGAGAGUCUGCUAUUUGCAGAGAGUUUGAGAAUGGACAUAUUCAAGGUCUUCUUUUGGGAGAUUCAGGAUAUGCCUUGAAGACCUAUCUGAUGACCCCAUACCUAAACCCUGCAGCAGAUUUCAUGCAGCGAUACAACAAUGCACAUUGCAGAACUCGUGUUCUGAUUGAACAGACAUUCGGCAUUUUAAAACGUCGAUUUUCAUGCUUACACACUGAACUGCGAUUAACACCAGAGAGGGCAUGUGUGGCAGUUGUUGCCUGUUGUGUCUUGCACAACAUUGGAAUUAUACGGGGGGACAUCAUUCAGACCCCUUUGAUAGAAGAGGAAGAGGAUUGGGUGGAUCCUGGUGCCAUGGGUGGAGAUGGCAAGACAGUGCGAGAUCACAUUGCCCAGAAUUAUUUUUAGUUUGUCUUUUUCGGCCUCAAGGACUUCAAGAUGGAGGGUGUCUGUUGUUCUUCUCCUUUUCCCCAUCCCUGUUGCAGCCACUGCAGUCACUGGUGUUGAAGAGACAGACUUUGAUGGCCCUGGUUCCAUCUGCAGAACUGGUCCUGGUUCUUUCUCAAGAACUGGCUGCUCCACUUAAAUGAAACAAAAUGUUUAUUUCAUUCAUGUUAAUAAAUUACAUUCAUUCAGACAUUAACUGACUAUUUUAGAGCUUAUUUUACAUUAAAUUUUUAGAGAUACUAAA